GCCGCGGCGGGCGGGCUGGGCUUCGGAGGCGCCGGGCUGCCGCCGGCGCCCCUGGAGGAGACGCCAGCGUGUUCCCCGAGAGUUACACGCAGGCCAUGCACUGGGGCACCUACCGGCCUGGCGUCUACUUCGGGGUGCGCGGCCGCCACCCUGGCUCCCUGCUGCACGGCCUUGCCUGGGGCUCCCUCAGCGGCAAGGUGCUGCGGCACGAGUGCCAGUCGGGCGAGCUGCGGCGCUUCGGCUGGGUGGAGCACGACGGGGCGGGCUUCGGGCGGCAGGUAGUCGACGACGACAAGCUGAACUUGCGCCUGGAGACUGUUUUUGUCAAGGAUCCGGACCGCCCCCUCCGAGCCUGGCACACCCGCGUGACUGUGAGCUUGCUGGAGCCAGUCAAGAAUGCCUCCAAGGUCAAGCAGGUGUCUCUGUUCCUGUAUCUGGGCGUCGAGACGGCCAAAGGCAGGGUCUCUUUUUCCAGCACCGGCCACGACGACUGGAAGGUCGACGAGGAGCUUGGCAUCAACACGACCGCGAGUCGCUUCUCUGGCAUCGAUGGCACGCUGGGAUCUUUCAGGGGUCUCGUCGGGGCACGGUUCAAGAAUGCAGCUGGCACCACGUCGUCGCCGAAGCUUCGAUUUGUAGCCGCCAAGGUGCCGGGAGAGUCCCAGGACACCACCCAGCAAGCUCAGGACGGAGUGUGGAACGCCAACAAGCAUCUCAAGAAGUAUCUGAAGACGAGCCAGAGAUCGUCGGCGGUGCUCCCGAACGAAGCACCCACGGACGACUCGAACUGGCUUGCACUGCAGUUUGUCUUCAAGCCCACCGGGGAUUUCCAGGUGGACACGCACGUCGAUUUUGACGGUGCAGAAGACAUGGAUGACUCUGCUCUCCAGAAGCGGUUGACAUCGCUCGCCGAUCAAGCGUCGCUUGGCUUCCGAAAGAAGUUUGAGGACGUAUUCCCCCUGGCCGCCCCCUUCGCGGACGCGAGGCACAGAGAAGUCGCGCAUGCGGGCUUGGCAAAUCUGCUGGGUGGCCUGGGCUACUUCCACGGUCGUCUGCUCGUCAAGGGGGAGGGCGGCGGAGACGAUGGCGAGGACAGUCUCGAGCGCGCGCCGGCGGCCACGCUGUUCAGCACGGUGCCCUCCCGCAGUUUCUUCCCCCGCGGCUUCCUGUGGGACGAAGGCUUCCACGGCCUGCUGGUGGUGAGGUGGCAGCCUCGAGUCUUCCUCGACAUCCUCGGCCACUGGCUCGGCCUCCAGAGGGAGUCCGGCUGGAUACCCCGAGAGGUGCCGCUGGGCGCCGAGCAGGAGUCGAGGGUGCCGUUCCAGUUCCUGCCACAGGACCCGGAGGUGGCCAACCCGCCCAGUCUUCUGCUGCCGCUGGCGUGGCUCACCAGGAUCGCGUCCUCGGCGCCGGACGACAGUAAGGACCUCCUCCAGCUGGCAGAGAAUGCCGGGGUGCCAUCGGUCGAUGCGCUACGGAAGAUGGUGCUGUCCUUCGUGGGGCGGGCGCUGCCCCGGCUCGCGAGGUGGUUCGCCUUCCUGUCGCGCACCCAGGCCUCCGCCCGCCCUGGCGGCUUCCGCUGGGCCGGCCGGACCGCGGCGCACUGCCUCGCCAGCGGCCUGGACGACUACCCGCGCGGGCUGCUGGUCAACUCGGACGAGUGCCACCUGGAUUUGCACUCCUGGAUGACCUUCUUUGCGAGCAUGCUGAGCGGCCUGUGCAAGCAGCUCGCCGGCACGGGGGCACUCAGCCAGCAGCACCAGGCCGCCUGGUGCGGGGCCCCGGACUGGGCGAGCCGGGCGCGGGCUCUCAACGAGUCGAUGUUCGAGAUAUUCGCCCCUGCUAACGGCACGAUGCUCGCGGACUACCUCGGCAAGCAGCCGGUCUCGGAGCGUGGAGAGGUGGUGGUCGUGCCGCCCUGGCGGACGGACGGGCGCUGCGGCCGCGAGUUCCCGUCCAUCGAGGGGGGGCGCCAGGUGCCGGGCCAGUGCGAUCCGUAUGGAGGACCAGGGGCCCUGCUGCUCCCCGUCCGGGUGGUGCGGUGGGUCCCCGGACUUCUGCGAGUGCCAGGGCUGCAAGCGCGCGCUCAAGCUGGAGGAGCGCCGGGGUGGCCUGUGGAGCAGCACGCGCGAGAGUCACUCGCCGCACGUUGGGUACGUGUCGCUCUUCCCGCUGCUCCUGGGGCUCAUCCCUCCCGACAGCGCGUGGGCUCGUCCCAUCUUGGGCGCCCUCGACCCGAUGGGCAGCGCCGGCCUGUGGACGGAGCACGGCGUGCCGUCCCUGUCGACGAAGGACCCGACCCGCUGUACGGCCAGGGCGAGAACUACUGGCGGGGCAAGAUCUGGCACCCGGACUUCCUGGCCAUCUCCGCCCUCGAGCGCGCGCCACGCGAGGGCGCGCGGCAGCUGCACGGCGCCGUGCUCCGGGGCUUCGUGGAGACGGUGGUGAAGGCCUACCACAUGCAGGGCUACUUCUUCGAGAACUUCGACCCGCAGACGGGCCAGGGGCUCGGAGCGGCGCCGUUUACCGGCUGGACCACCUCUGCGGUGCUCCUGAUGGCUGGCCACAGCAUCGACCUGCAGUUCUUGCAACCGGAGGCCCUCCAGAUCGAGCCCAAUGAGCUCUAG